AUGAGAAUUUCUUCUCCCAUCUUUACUCUUUCACUCACAUUCACUGUUUUACUAGCCAAAUGUAUAAAAAGAAAUAAGAGAGAAAUAAAAAAUAACACAAUAUUACCUGACCUGUUCAGGAAAAAUCAACCAUUAUUUAAACAGCAGCGGGAAAGGAUAAAGAGGGGAAGGAGAAGGCUAAUGAAAAAUGCACUUUUUUUAAAAAAUAAUAUUAACAUUAUUUCGUACAUUUCCCGAGGAAUAAAUGGAUCCCUUUAUUUCCCCAAGAAGAGGGUGAGAUGCCUCUUCUUUUCUUCGCAAAAUGAUCGCACGAAAAUAAAAGACCUUUUGCAAGAGGAAGUAAAGAAUGAAGAAACCAGUAAUUAUAAAAUAUGCGGUUGGGUAAAAUCAGUAAGGACCGUUGGAAAAAGACGUUUUGCCUUUAUUGACAUUAACGAUGGUUCACAUGUGAAAAAUUUACAAGUCAUAGUCGAUUCAGCUAUACCAAAUUAUGAACAAGUUUUGAAAUCAAUGACAGAUGACGCAAUAGAAUGCUUUGGAGAGUUAAAGUGUUCCAUAGGGAAGAAGCAGGAGGUGGAACUUUGUGUGCAUGACAUUGCCAAGGAACAUUAUGUGAAAUUAUUUUCCAGAGAAAGUUCAGAUCAUGCCUGCGAGGUCGUGAAUGGCUUGGGUAAAGUUGUGGGUGCACAUAAUGACCACAUUCAGCACUGGCAGGGAGGAAUGGACAACCAAGAGGAUAAAGAAGUGGUCGACGAAGCUGAUAAAGAAGUGAUCGACGAAGCUGAUAAAGAAGUGAUCGACGAAGCUGAUAAAGAAGUGAUCGACGAAGAGGAUGACAAAGUGAUCGAUGAAGCUGAUAAAGAAGUUAUCGACGAAGCGGGCGAUGGCGUAGACGAGCAAGAUACCUCGAACGUGCCCAGUGAAACGGAGCAGCAGAAGAAGAACCCGAACAAAUGCAUAACCAUGAACCCACAGAUCGAGGGUAAACACUACGCAAUUUCGAAAAAGUAUCACACGAAAAAGUAUCUAAGGAACUUCCCACAUCUACGAGCAAGAACCAAAUUGUAUAGCAGCAUAUUUAGACUAAAGUCUGACAUAAUGAUGGAAACGUUCAAAUUUUGGAGAGAGAAAAACUAUACAUAUAUUAACACACCGAUACUAACCAGCAAUGAUUGUGAAGGGGCUGGGAAGUUAUUUUAUGCGACGAGUUUGCUUAACAAAAUGAUGGUAGAGGGGGAAAAAAUAGACAUGAGAAAAAGAGGAAGGAAAAUGCUUUUGAACGGAGAUAACCACAGUUGCCAUUACAAAGAUGACAAAAAAGAGUGCUCUCCUGUGAGUUCCUCCUCCAGUUGUAAUAAGAACAACCCUUUUUUCGCAUUGGAUUUUUUUAAGAAAGCAUGCUACUUAAACGUGUCGAGUCAAUUGGCAUUGGAAUGCUUGUGCUGCUCCAUGGGAGAUGUAUUCACAAUAAAUCAGUCCUUUAGAGCCGAAAAAUCAAACACUUUUAGGCAUCUGUGUGAAUUUCUCAUGUUAGAAGUAGAGGUAGCUUUUUCCAAUUUGGAAAAGAUUAUUUGCAUAUCUGAAGAAUACAUAAAAGAAAUGAUAAAAUUUGCCUUAUACAAAUCGGAAGAUGUAGAUUACAUAAAUAAUUAUCAUAAUAAAAAUUUAAAGAAAAAGCUAGAAAACACAUUGAAUGCACAAUUUGUUACAAUUACAUACGAAGAAGCUAUACAAAUUAUAAAAAAAGAAAAUCAACAUUUAGACAUAUCCAUACAGAAUAAUGAUUUGUCUUUUGAGAAGCAAAAAUUUUUGACAAAUGUUUUUUUUAAAUCACCAGUCAUUGUUAUAAAUUAUCCACAUGAUAUUAAACCAUUUUAUAUGAAAUUAAAUUCGGAUGAAAAAACAGUUGCAUGUAUGGAUAUUCUUCUUCCCGAUGUUGGUGAAUUGGUAGGGGGAUCAGAAAGAGAAAUUCGUAUGCAUACAUUGCAGCGGCAGAUGGAAAGAAAAAAUCUAGACAUAUCUUUAUAUGAACCAUAUAUACAACUUCGCCGUUAUGGAAAUAUUCCACACUCUGGAUUCGGGUUAGGUAUAGACAGAUUAAUUAUGUUUCUAACCUCGAUUAUGAACAUUCGAGAUGUCGUACCUUUUCCUAGGGCUCCAGACUCCCUCUUUAUGUAA